UGCACUGUUUGCUCCUCACUUCUUUUUUCAAAACACAAAAUGUGCUCGCGGUCGUGCUCGUCCUGUUAAAUUUACGCAUUUUCACCGGUUUUUCGACAGUACAAUUCGUAAAAGUGCUCCCAAAAUGUAUCGAAUGCUUAGCCUAAGAAGCCUUUCUAGAAAUAAGAACAAACUGCUGGCCAACAAGACCAGCGUGGUGCGACUUAAUCCGGAACUGAUCUGCUUCCAGAAUUUUUCCCAUUUAUGUAACCAGCAACUGGGAGGAUUGGCAACCGAGGAAAUUGCACUCCUCAGAAGCGAUGUUUCUUCAAUAAAGUAUGACAUUAUCAAACGUGUUCACUCAACAACUCCAACGCCUGAAAUGCUGGAACUUUCAAGCAAGAAAAAACGGAAGAAAAAUGUCAAAAAAUUUACUGAACUUCUAAAGGUUACGGACACUUCAACCAAGCAGACCAAAGCAUCAAUUCAGCAAUUGAAAGCCCAAAAACUGUCGGAUUUUAUCAAUAAUCAAAUAGCUCAGGAAAAUGUCGAAUCUCCCGAGAACUUAAGCAAAACCAGCACACAUACCUCGCCUGACAUAUCCAAAUGGAAUUUCGUGGAAACUCCAGUGAUCUACAUCGGAAAAGACAUGAAAGAAAUGGAAUUGCCCAACGCAACGUUGGCAGAAAUUUUGGAAAGCUACCGGACACUCAAAGAACAUCACGAAAGGCGUCAAUCCAGUGAAGCUACAAUCGUAGAGGAUGCAAUUGAGGAAGAAUUCCUAGAACAUCAUGAGGCUUCGGUAGAAGAAGAAAUUCUUGAAAUCCCCAGGACUCAGAAACAAAAAUCCAAAUUAAAGAAAGGCAAGCAAACCCAAGAGAAGGGCAAAAAAUUCGAUUCAAAGAAUUACAAAAGUUCUGAAAUGGAGUUGCUGGCACGCCACAAAAGUUUUCAUGUAACUUUGCAUGCAUAUUUAGACAUCUGUCUCUCCAGUGGAAUGAUAAAUCGCGCCUAUGCAACCGUGUUGAACUACAGACACAAACGAAAACGGAAAGUUACAGAUGUUGAAAUCUAUAAUAUCCUAAUGCAUGGGUAUGCCGAAAAGGGUAUUAUCUUGAAAAUCAAAGACAUACUGAAAAUUCUGAAAGAAGAUAAUAUCGAACCGAAUCCUCAAAUGUAUGCUGCCAUUUUUGAGUGCCUUGGUAGGAUGGAAACCACAGAAGAUGUAGAGAAAGAUGCGCUAACUUACCUGGAAGAAGCUGAAACCAAAGGAUACACGAUGGACACCGUUUUGAAUCAAAGCAAAUUUGUACGCGAUCAGCGGGAAACUGUACUGAAUUUAUUCAAUCAGUUGAAACCAGGCUUCAGACCAGUCUAUACACCUCCUAAAUUAUUGUACGGUAAUCACCUGCUAAAUUCACUCAACGAAUAUGUCCGGCCAAUCGAUACAACUGCUGCUAACAAAAGCGAUGUUCAAGUUGGUACUGAAAUAAUGAACCCGAAGGCCGGAUUUACACGCGAUCAGCUAGAAAAAUUCAGUAAAGCUCAAGUAGAACUCGAAUUGAAAGGACAUCUGACGGUGAAAAGCAUUCAAAAGUUCCCCGAGGCGAAUGAUACUGUUAAGCAAUAUCGCAAGGAACUCGAGGAACUUCGAAAAGUUUGGACCAAACAAAUCACCAUGGCUCUUCACCGGGACGUCAAUACCUUGAAAGCGGUGACGGAAUCCAAAUCGAGUCGCGCCAUCAAUUUGUUUCCAUACGUCAAGGCCCUGAACGUGGCACAGUUUACGGAAAUUCUCCUAGAUGAAGCCCAGAUGCUAAUCGAAGGAUCGGACAGUUUCAGUAUCGGACUGUCCCAUCUGCACAAAGAACUGGGACGUAAAGUAGAAGCUCGAUAUCACGUGGAGCAGAAACGUCAGAGUGGAGUGCUGGACAAAACGUGUGAAAUCUACAGCUUGUACUGCGACGUACUGUCGGAAGGAAACAGCAGUGACAAUUCGAGACAAUUGUGGCAAAGACUGGUCCACGAAAACAGACACGACGGGCCCAGUUUGGAUGUGCAGAGUGUCACAUGGCCGAAGGCUGCGGUCAACGGAGUGGGAAAAUUCUUGUACAAUAUUCUGAAGAAUGAUCUGAAGAUCAACGUAAACGCUACCUCCAAAGCAAAUCGUCAGCCUAAACUAGUUCCAGCUUUCUACUCACUUUUUAGAUAUGAAGCCAAAAUAGCCAAAGAACAAAUCAAACCUCAUCCAGUGUUGAUCAAACUUUAUCGAAAGUCUCAGCAAGAAAAUCUUAAAUUCGAUAUCAACCUGGUCCCCAUGGUGUGUCCUCCUCAACCUUGGAGUACACCCGUGAAUGGAGGCUACAUAUUGGCAAAAUCGGACCUGAUACGGUUGCCGCAGCAAGCCCACCAACAGUCCGAACGAAUUAACGAGGCUAACCCCCAGGAUAUGUAUCCCACGCUCGAUGCACUCAACCAACUAGCCAGUAUUCCUUGGAAAGUCAACGAAGAAGUUCUAGACAUAGUGCUAGAGGUCUUCAACAACGGUGGAAAUGCCAAACUCGACGUUCCAGAACCACCCAGUUCCCUUCCUUCGAUUGUAGAAACAAUUCCGCGCAACGAGAUGACCGGUUUCGAUCGUUUCAAUAUGGUGCGUAAAAAGAUGACUCAUCGGCGGAAACAAGGCGACAUGUACAGCUUAUGGUGCGAUGCAUUGUACCGGCUGUCAUUGGCAAAUCACUUCCGCGAUAAAGUAUUCUGGCUUCCGCAAAACAUCGACUUCCGUGGUAGAGUAUACCCCAUUCCGCCGCACUUGAACCAUUUGGGACAUGAUCUCGCCCGCUGCCUGAUGGUCUUUCACCAAAAGAAACCAUUGGGCCCCGAUGGGUUCAAUUGGUUGAAGCUACAUUGUAUCAAUCUAACCGGUUUGAAGAAGCGAGAUUCAGUUGAGGAUCGCCUCAAAUACGCCGAUGAGAUAAUGGAUGAUAUACUUGAUUCUGCUGAUCGGCCCUUAACCGGGAGAAUGUGGUGGAGCUCAUCCGACGAACCUUGGCAAACCCUGGCUUGCUGUAUAGAAAUUGCCAAAGUUCACCGAUCUCCGAAUCCAGCCAAAUUCAUGAGUGGCUUUCCCAUCCAUCAAGACGGUUCCUGCAACGGUCUUCAGCACUACGCAGCUCUAGGUCGUGACACGGCUGGCGCUGUUAGCGUCAAUCUCGCGCCUUCUCCCGUGCCACAGGAUGUUUACAGUGCGGUAGCGGCUCUAGUAGAAGACAGCCGCACCAAAGACGCCGAAAAUGACGUUAAGGUUGCCAAAAUCCUGGAAGGAUUCAUCAAACGAAAAGUUAUCAAGCAAACUGUGAUGACCACAGUGUAUGGUGUAACUCGUUACGGAGCCCGUAAACAAAUAGCUCGCCAACUAGAAUACAUCGACGAAUUCCCAAAAGAUUGGGUUUGGCCAGCUUCCAGCUACCUAACAGUAAAAACGUUCAACGCUUUAAGCGAAAUGUUCACAUCCGCCAAAGAAAUCCAGGAUUGGUUCACCGAUUGUGCGAGGCUCAUCUCUGCCGUGUGCGCUCAGAAUGUCGAAUGGGUCACUCCGCUUGGGCUGCCCGUGGUGCAACCGUACAAUCGCUCCGAGAGGCAAGCUUCGUCCAAAACCAUUCAAAUUCCCGAACACUUUUCGAUGGACUCGUACGAAAAGCCCAACAUCAUGAAGCAGAAGAACGCUUUCCCGCCCAACUUCGUACACUCAUUGGACUCGAGCCACAUGAUGCUGACGUCGCUGUUUUGCGAACGGGCCGGAUUGACCUUCAUUUCCGUUCACGAUUGCUACUGGACGCACGCUUGUACAGUGCCAACGAUGAACAAGAUAUGCCGAGAGCAGUUUGUUGCUCUACAUUCGGAACCUAUUCUCGAAGAUCUCUCCAAGUUUUUGGUGCAAAAGUAUAGUUACAAUGAAAGUGAAAUCACCAACGACGGUUCGGUAAUAGAUCUGACAAAGCGCAAACUAAACCGAAUCCUGCACCAAUAUCCGGACAAGGGAGACUUCGAUCUUCGGCAGGUACUGAAAUCGGUGUACUUCUUCAGUUAAUCCCGUGGCGCGUGUCUGCUCUGAUACAGCAGACAGAGCGGCUUGGCGUCUAGUCAGUUGUGAUUCGAGAAUCGGCUAUCGUUUUUUGCUUCGCUGAAAAAUUGGUAAGUUGAACCCAUUGUGAUUUCUACGAUUGCGGAUCGUUCGUUUUAUAUUAUUUCGUGGCCCUAACGUUUUACAUUAGGCUUGAUAAGGUGCAAGCAGGACUGAUACAGAAUAAAGUGUAGCAAAUAUU